GCGUUCACUAGAGAUUCUCGGACAUUCCCAGUCGGGGACUCAGCAGGUUUCCGUCAAAUACCUUCUAAUACAUCAUUUAACUAUCCACACGACAACAAUAAUAAUAACAACAUGUCCACGACCAAGACUAGCCGGGCUAGCAGCCUGGCGAAAUCCACAGGCGAGAUAUUCACUAGGAAGUGGCCGCGCAUGUUCUUCAUUAUCGCUCUUUUACAGGCCAUCGUCUGUCUCACGUUCGAGUCGUACACCUUUGCUCAAUUUCAAACCGGUCUCAGGCCUAGAGCAGAACAGAAUUGGGGCGACUACAGCGAUGAUGCCGAAUCCCAACUCAAAACCAUACCAGUCUUUCUGGGUCUUUUCAUCCUCGGCUUCCUUUACGACGUAGGAUUGGUAUGGGAUGCAUUACGUAUGAAGAACACCAUUCAGAUCAUUGGUCUUUGCAUUGCGCAACUGGCUUUCCUCGUCUACAGCGCCCUCCAGAUCGACCAGAUUCAAGAAGCCAUUCGGAUUCUAAAGGGAUUCGAUGCUUUUUCAGACCACGACGUCUGGGAAGAGGUCAAAGGUGUCCUCAUCGCUAUCCCGGGUCUUAUCGCGCUAGUCACUAUCAUGAUGUGCUUCAUGGCCUGGAAGCUUUACCAGGAGUUUGCUUGGGAUAUCUUGAAGCACAUAGGAGCCGACUACAGGAUGAAGAAGCGAUUUCUACAUUACCAGAUCUAUAUUGCCCUUCUAAAAUUCGAUUUCUUCUUCUUUGUCGGCUUCACCAUUCAGUUUCUCGUCGUUGUGGGUGGCAAGUCAAGCAUGGAGCUUAGGCUAACUGCCGCCGCUGUUCCUAUUACGAUUAUCAUUCUCAUUUGCGCUGCGAUUUUUACCCGACGCGAAUCGAAGAUUGGCAUGAUCAUUGUCAUGGUUCUCUACCUCGGUGGUCUUUCUUACUUCAUCUACAAGCUUGCCCGAAUCUACGACGCCAGCCAGGUUCAGUACUACAUGCCCGUUCGCAAAUCACUGACGGCAUUUGCCGUACUUACCAUAAUCCUCAUCAUUCUGACCAUUAUAAACGCGAUGGUCUGUAUGUUCAACUUCGGAGCUGGUCUCAAGAAUCACCUCAACAGUGCUCGACAGGAAAUCGACAAGGACCAGGCUAGUUAUUCGAUGAACGACGUCAAGCAGACCCAAUUACCGAGCAGAAUGACGAUCGAUUAGGGGCAUAGCAUAUAAAUGUAUAGUGAUACGAUUAAACGACUUUCCUUUCAAGCAUUUUUUUUCCAGAUAUCCAGCCCGAUGCGGCUCCUGUCUCGUGGAAUUGAGAAGGAAUGGUUUU